GUGACCUCCGAGAUCAACUCACGGUCGCUACACCUGCACGGCGCCUCCACCCGGUGCACCCACGUGACGCGUCGGAAAUGGGGCGUGUCAGUCAUCUCUAGAAGACCACGCCCCCCGGGAAGGGAAGAAGUUCAAUGUGCAGCGGACCGGGGAAGUGUGCGCACGAAGUGCGGGAGCUGCGUGCCGUUCAGUGACAGCUCCGUGUGCCGUCCGUGUCCCAGGGAUCGAGAGCCUCCAUCUGCUCUAACUCGGCAGCGGAGAAAGGCGAUUACGUGACCCCGGCUGACAGACAGGUGGAAUUGAAGUUACUGCCUUCGUGUCACAGGACUGGGACGUCACGUGAGGAUUGUUGCCCCCCUCUGUGUAAUGCCACCGCUGGUCUCGCUGCUGGUGACGUUGAACUACUUGUUUUCUUCUGGAGCUGAAGGAAUGUGCGCACCCCAAACAGAAGAUGAAUAAGCAAUUGUGUUCAUCCGGUGUUCUCCAGCCUAUGUAUAAGAACAUUACCGGCAGUCUCUGUUACGCUUCCUGAGUCAAGAACGGAAUAUUAAUAUGGGGGAAGAAAGGAACCUCGGGGUGUCGCAGAAGAUGUUGUCUCCAUCUCGGAGUACCAGCAGUUGCUCCUCAAAGUUGGGAAGUCGCCAGGAUAGCUGGGAAAUUGUCGAAGGCCUCCGCAGUAGCACAAGCAGUAUGCAGGAGCCACAAAAAAAGGAGGGAUUUUUGCUUAAGAAACGAAAAUGGCCUCUGAAAGGCUGGCACAAGAGGUACUUCUAUGUGGACAAAGGGAUUUUGAAGUAUGCCAAGGGUCCGACUGAAAUGGAGAAAGGUAAACUACACGGUUGCAUUGAUGUUGGACUUUCUGUGAUGUCGGUGAAGAAAUCAACUAAGUGCAUUGAUCUGGAUACAGAAGAACAUAUAUACCACCUCAAGGUAAAACCUCCAGAGGUUUUUGAGGACUGGAUACUGAAGCUCCGUGACCAUCGUCUUUACCGUCAGAAUGAAAUUUCCGUGUUUCCACAUGAUCUAAAUACUCAGUUUUUCCCACUUCUCUCAACCACAGAAUCCGCUUCCAGUUUUGAUCCCAUCAGCACUCCACAAGAAACGCCAUUCAUCAGGCAGAAUUCACUGAAGCUGGCAGGCGGCCUGAACUUUUCCUGCUUAAAUAAUGACGGCAAAGUCCCAGCCUGGCUCCAGUCUAAUGACGAUAUGGAUAAAUGUGCUAAAGACCUGUCACAGUGUCACAGCUAUCUGGUGGAAAUGAGUCAACUUCUACAGAACAUGGAGGUUCUUCAUAGGACAUAUUCUGCACCUGCAAUAAACGCCAUCCAGGCUGGUGCUCUUGAAAGCCCCAAGAAAGAGAAAGGAAUACACCGGAAGAAGUGGAGAACAAAAGGCAGUAACAAAGAUGCAAAAGGCUCCUUACAGGUGCCACAAACCUUUGCCGGGAAUGUAAGAUUGCAUGCUUCCAACCCAAACCUCUCCACCAUAGAUUACACAGAGGAGAAACAAUACUCCAGCGGAUCGGACAGCUCCGAGUUCUCCAAGAUGCAGGACGAUUUGUGUCAUAUUGCACACAAAGCUUAUUUCACGUUAAAGUCUGCAUACAGCGCAGUGUUCACCGAGCGAGAGAAGCUUAAGCGGCUAUUAGAGCAAGACUCUUCCCCGACCCCUCAAAUUAUGGGUUUGAAGAAUGCCUUAGCAGCAGCUGUAAAACAAAAUGCUGAACUUAAAGAACGCUUACACAGAGUACAUGCUGAUUCUUUGCUUCAUGAUUCAGCCCCUAUUGCAAAAUGCAGUCCAAUAAAGGAGAGGCCAUGUGACGAGAAAAGGCCCUUGGUUCAUCAGAUCUCCAAUGAAAGCCACCUGUCUAUCACAGAUUCCCUUACAGAGUUCUUUGAUGCUCAGGAAGUUCUACUGUCUUCGAGCUCAUCUGAAAAUGAGGUAUCAGAUGAUGACUCGUAUAUAAGUGACAACAUGUCAGAGGACAAUCUAAGCAAUGACAUUGACAAUGAAAGACAAUCUCUAGAUGGGACUUGUGUAGUAGAUGGUUUCCCAAAGCACAGAACGUGUCUUCCAGCUCCUUGUCCAAACACAAGUAAUAUCAGCUUAUGGAACAUUCUGAGGAACAAUAUUGGGAAGGAUCUAUCCAAGGUGUCCAUGCCCGUGCAGCUGAACGAGCCACUCAACACUCUGCAGCGAUUAUGUGAAGAACUUGAGUACAGUGAACUUCUAGACAAAGCAGCAGAGACUCAGGACCCAUUUGAAAGAAUGGUUUACGUUGCCACAUUUGCAGUAUCGACAUAUGCACCCAGUUUCUACAGGGCUGGUAGCAAGCCAUUUAACCCUGUGCUCGGAGAAACCUAUGAAUGCGCAAAUGAAGACAAAGGAUUCCGCUUUAUCGCCGAGCAGGUGAGUCAUCACCCGCCCGUAUCUGCCUGUCAUGCCGAAUCUGACAAAUUUGUGCUAUACCAAGAUAUUCGGUGGAAAAAUAAAUUUUGGGGUAAAUCUAUGGAAAUAGUCCCAAUUGGCACAACACAUUUGAUUCUUCCCGGUUUUGAGGACCAUUAUGAGUGGAACAAGGUGACCUCCUGCAUCCACAACAUUUUAAGUGGCCAGAGGUGGAUAGAACAUUACGGAGAAAUAAUAAUUAAAAACACCAAAAAUAGGAACUGUCACUGCAAAGUCAACUUUAUAAAGGCAAAGUAUUGGAAUCCAAAUGUGCAUGAAAUUGAAGGAUCAGUGAUGGACGGGAAUAGUAAAGUUGUAUAUCGGCUGUUUGGCAAAUGGCAUGAGAGUCUAUUCUAUGGAUCACCGUCUUCACCGAUCUGCAUCUGGCGGACAAACCCUAUGCCCAAGGACCAUGAGCUGUACUAUGGGUUUACAAAGUUUGCACUACAGUUAAAUGAAUUAGAGCCAAAGACAAAACCGCUGCUACCUUCGACUGACACCAGGGUCAGACCAGACCAAAGAUUGCUUGAAGAAGGGAAUGUGGAAGGAGCAGAAGCACAAAAACAGAGGAUAGAGCAGCAGCAGAGGGAGAGGAGAAGAGUUUUGGAAGAGAACAAUCUGGAGCACCAGCCUCGGUUCUUCAGAGUGUUGUAUAUCUAACUAUUCAUAAAGGUUCCCUUACCUCGAUAGUUUUGUUACUUUACUGCAUCACUAUGAAUAUUUGUUUAGAAAAAUGUGUAUAGGGGCAGCAUCCUUUUAAACCCGAAGACGAGGAUGAUUAGAUGGUGUAGUGGUUUCUGGAGGUGGUGGAAUAAUGACAAGAUGUCUUGCUCCUUUUUAUUUCUGGCCUAUCAAAUAUUCUGUUAGCCACUAACUUUUUAUAUGUACGUUUCGGUCAAGGAUUAAGGUAAUACUGUUCCUUUAUGAUACCAAUGUCACUUUUGCCUUCAAUUAUGUAAAUAAUGUAAAAUUACGCUGCUUAUAAAUGUAAUCUGACCAGUUGUAGCUUUGAACUGGUUGAAAUUGUCACAGUCAUAUAUAUACACAGUUUUUUCUGUUUUAUUAGUUGAAGCCUGCAGAUGUUUUUUUUUAUCUUGAACUGAAUGUAUCAGAUAAUAUAUUUUUAAAUAACUGUGACAUAAGAAGCUAUUACUACGUCUUCCAUGAAUAAAAAAUAGCCUUAGUUCUGUUGUACAAAUUGACACACAUACAGUGCAGUGGUCCCUCAAGUUACAAUGGUCAUCCUGGAACCAAUUAAUAUUGUAUGUUGAAACCAUUGUAACUUGAGAAAUUGGUUCCAAAGCCCCAAAAUUCCACCCAAGAUAAAAGAAAAUGAUGAUUUAAGAUAAAUAAGCAGCUAACACAGAUAAAACAAGUCCUUACGUAUAACAGUCAGGAAUAGCUGCUAACUAGCAACUUUACAGAUCUUUUUCCAGAGAAGUAGUUGGAUCUGAUUCUGAGGCAUUGUAUGUUGAGUCUAGUUUCAGUUUAUGAUGGGUCUGAAAAGACCAUUGUAUGUUGAAAAUAUUGUAUCCUGAGGUCAUUGUAUUUUGAGGGAUCACUUCAUGUAUAAACCUAAUAUUUAAUCAGAUAAGCUGCUAUAACAAAGUUUAAUUGUAGAUUUGUGAGUACGGCAUGACUGUUCUGUAUGAUGAUGUAAAUAAAACUUAU